GUGUACAAUUUCAUCAAAUCUCGGUCGUUGUUUGGUCGUGUACAGAUUAAAUCAGUAAUUGAUAAUGCUUGGAACAUUGUCAACAAAUCGAAGAAAUUCUCGAACUAUAAAAAAUCGCGAUUACGGAAAUUUUCAAGAACAAAUUGUUCGUCGCAGCGUUUGAGUAACAGCAGCAACAGAAUAGACAUCAAAACCCGAAUGCAAUAAAAAAAAUACUGUAAAAAUGCAACAGACGUUUCAGUUGGAAUCUCGUUCUCUGUGGAACAACAUCAACAAUGAUAUUCUUUGUAAAGUGGAGUAAAAAAACGAAACUGCGAUUAUAAAAAAAUUGUUUAUCACAAACAAAAAAUUUUAAAUUGAAACAGAAAAAAUCUCAUUCAUCGUCGAGGAGAAAAAGAAGAUAAAAUUUUUAGUUGUAGGAAGUUAAUAUUAAGAAAAAUUGCGAAGUGGCAACAAAAACGAAAGUGAGGUUGCUGUAGCAAAUAGUUGAAUUAUCGUAGAAAUGGGACAGAAAAUCAUCGAUUAUGGUACGAGGCCUCCCGUGAAUCGUCGUUUCAUCGUAACACUCGCGCUGGGCGUUGCUGUGGGUUUUUCGCUUGCCCUGCUGAUCGUGUCGCCGCCUUCCCGUUUGGUAUGGAUCCCGGAAAUGCAUCGACACAGCAGCGUUCCUUCCGAUCCGCAUUCUAGUCAAGAUCUCGCCGAUGCCGCUGGACCCGAAAUUGACGUUGGCACGCACAGUGGGCACGAAGAGGCUCAUAUGCACGAAAAUCGAACGUUGCAGAAGCAAUUGUAUGAUGAUGUGAAGAUACUGUGUUGGAUCAUGACGAACCCAAAGAAUCACAUAACGAAGGCGAAACACGUACUGAACACAUGGGGCAAGCGAUGCAAUAAAUUGUUGAUCAUGAGUAGUCAGUUGGAUGAUCAAUUGGAUGUUGUAGCGUUGCCCGUUAAAGAGGGCAGGAAUAAUUUGUGGGCAAAGACGAAGGAAGCGUUCAAGUAUAUUUAUCAGCAUCAUCUGGAUGACGCGGAUUGGUUCCUCAAAGCCGAUGAUGACACUUAUGUCGUCGUCGAAAACCUCCGUCACAUGCUCUACCCCUACUUGCCAAGUUACCCCAUCUAUUUCGGAUGCCGUUUCAAGCCCUAUGUCGAUCAGGGUUACAUGUCGGGCGGCGCAGGAUACGUUCUCAGCAAAGAAGCUGUCAUCCGACUCGUCGAACAAGCGAUUCCCGAUAAAUCCAAGUGUCGUCAAGACAAUGGCGGCGCCGAAGAUGUCGAAAUCGGCAAAUGUUUGUCCAAAGUGAACGUCAAAGCAGGCGAUAGUCGUGAUGCCGAAGGCAGAGGGAGAUUUUUCCCCUUUGUGCCGGAGCAUCAUCUCAUUCCGGGACACACGGGCAAAGAUUCGUGGUACUGGAAAUACAUCUACUACGAUGCCAAGGAGGGAAUUGAGUGUUGUUCCGAUAACGCCGUGUCUUUCCAUUAUGUCUCGCCAAAUCUCAUGUACGUACUCGACUAUCUCGUGUAUCAUUUGAGACCGUAUGGCAUUAUUCCGCAUCCGCAACCACUGCCCGAGAAAUACACGAUUGCCGAGAUGCAGGAACGUUUCGAAAAGAGUGAGAUGAAAAACGAGAUUGGCAACGGGGAUGACGAUACAUCGACUACAGAAAAACCAAAUUAACAAAAAAAUUAUGAAAAAAGUGAUGUAUAAAAAUCUUAAAACAUUUACAAACCAAAGACUAGAAAAUAAGAUUUUUUCUGAUAGCGACGUAAGAAUCCAAUACUUCAAAAAACUACUUUAAGUGAUCAUAGCGAUAACUGAAAGAUGCCAUGAACUCAUCUACUAUUUACUCUAGAAUUUAAAAAAAAAACAAAUUUUCAUAAAUAGUGAAGUGUAGCCAUAAUUUAUAAAUUUAAAAAUUGUGUGAUUUGCACGAAUUUUUCUUUAGCAAUAAUAAUUUUUCCUUAAAAAUUCCAAAUUUUGAUUUAAUUUUAAUUAAAAUUUCAUGAAUUUAGUUCCUAGUUAAUUUUUUUCCUUAUUAUAAAUUUAUAAAAAUCACGUGAAAAAGUAACAAAGCCCGAAAAUAAUGCUCGAAUAUAUUUAUUUAAUAAAUUUUUUUUUUUUUUGCAUUAAAAAAAGGU